AUGGAUACUAGAUUAAAUGUGACAUAUAUAACUUUUGAUGGGCAUGUGGAAGUGCAAACAUAUAGAUAUCUCUAUUUUGUGAUCAUGUUUACAGCAUAUAUUAUAAUAAUUUGCAGUAAUUUCACUAUUGUGUACAUCAUAGUGAUUCACAAAUCCCUCCAUGAGCCUAUGUACAUUUUCAUUGCAGCUUUGCUAAUCAACUCUGUUAUUUACAGCACUGCUAUCUACCCAAAGCUUUUGAUUGACUUUUUAUCAGAAAAACAGAUCAUAUCUUACUCAGCCUGUCUCAUACAGUGGUUUACAUAUUACUCUCUAGCUGGUUCAGAAUUCUUCCUGUUGUCAGUCAUGGCCUAUGAUAGAUAUGUGUCUAUAUGUAAACCUCUGCAAUAUCAAACUAUCAUGAGAAAAGCAACUGUUAUUAUUUCCCUGAUUUUAGCUUGGAUUCUGCCUGCUUGUCAGAUUUCAGUGCCGAUGAUAGUGAGUGCUAAUAAAAAGCUCUGUAGCUUUAUUUUGAAAGGAAUAAUUUGCAACAGCACAGUUCACACACUUCACUGUGUGAGUUCAAGAGUGCUGAAUAUAUAUGGCUUGUUUAUUUUUGUAAGUGCUGUGCUUCUCCCUCUGCUCUUCAUACUUUUUACAUACAUCAGGAUACUUAUAAUAUCAUAUGAAAGUAGCAAAGCAGUCAGGAGAAAAGCUGCACAGACAUGUUUACCCCACCUGCUGGUUCUAAUCAACUUUUCAUGUUUGAGUGCGUAUGAUGUACUUCUAGUUCGAAUGGAAACAGAAUUUCCCAGAACUGUACGUUUAAUAAUGGCUUUACAAAUGAUAAUGUAUCAUCCUCUUUUUAAUCCCAUCAUAUAUGGACUAAAAAUGAAAGAAAUCUUUAAACACCUCAAGAGGUUAUUCUGCAAAUCGCACUAA